AUGAAAAAGAGCAUUGACCACUCAAAAGAUAUAUUAAAUAUUGAUCAUGUUAAACUCUUUUAUCUUUUUGCAGCUGAUAGAUAAGACAUUAAUUGUAUUUUAUCACAGUUAAAAAUUGGUCUAUUAUGCAAUUAAGAAUUAAUAGGAGAAUUGGAAUGUGAGUUAGGGGGUUUCAAAAGUUCCUAAGUUACAAUCAAAGAGUAUUUGAAGUAUUUUUCAGGAAUUUAAAUUAAAUAAAUUUUAUCAUGGUCAACUGAUUUGAGCAUUGGGUUAGUCGAAAGUUAACAAGGAAGUAUAAAUGUAGAGAGAAUCAAAUUAUAAAAAUAAGGAUUAAUUUAUUUGCCAAAUAUUGAUUAUUAUUGUAGCGAACCAUUACCAUAAGAAUGGAUGAAUUAAUUUGAAAAAAGGAAAAAAAAUAAUAUUAACUAAAUUGUAAAUAAUAGCACAACUUUUGCAAUAUCUGAUGUUUCCAAUAUUUUGGAUCAUUCAAGAGUCUAUUAAACCAAGCAUCCAUCAAAAAAAAGUUGUACUGCAACUUCGACUGUCCCAAACAAAUUGGAUUAAUCUUCAGUCUUGUAUUCUGAUCUAUUAGAAUAUGAAAAAGACACAGAUAAAAUACUUAAUUUUGAUUAUUGA